AUGAAGGAUAAGAUGACAACAAGCAAUUCUAGUUUGUCAUCCAAAGGUCCAGGAAUCAAGUGCUUCCAUCUCCAUGAGCCUAAGAAGAAAGAGGCUCCAAAAGAUACAGUGGGGCGACUGGCAAAGAGGGCACUGAAGCAUGAAGUUGCUGGUAAGACAGCUGCUGCAAAACAUCAGCAGCAUUCGGUGAGUUUGGGCCGGAUGUGA